AUGACUCUGAAAAUGUCAGCUCAGAAUAGAACCAGUUUGAACCCAACUAUUUUCCUCCUCCUUGGAAUCCCAGGGUUGGAAACUGCUCAUGUCUGGAUCUCCAUCCCUUUUUUCCUGGUAUACCUACUGGCUCUGAUGGGGAAUUUUGUACUUAUAUUCAUUAUCAAGAUGGACUCCAGUCUUCAUGAACCCAUGUAUCUCUUCCUCUGCAUGCUCUCUGUGAAUGACUUGAUGCUUAGCACCACUGCCCUGCCUAAGAUCCUGAGCCUCUUCUGGUUCAAUGACAGAGAAAUCAGCUUUAAAACUUGCCUUACCCAGCUAUUCUUUAUCCACUCUCUGUCCACCAUGGAGUCAGGAUUCCUGUUGGCCAUGGCCUUUGACCGGUAUGUGGCCAUCUGCAACCCUCUGAGGCACUCCACCAUCCUCACACAUGGAGUGAUCAUGGCUUUGAGUUUGGCCAUUGUCCUACGUGGAAUUAUCCUGCUGUUUCCUCAUCCUUUCUUACUGAUGAGACUUCCCUACUGUAAGACCAAUGUCAUUGCCCACACCUACUGUGAAUUUAUGGCCCUGAUCAAACUGGCAUGUGCCAAUACCAGGAUCCAUAGAUUAUAUGGCUUAAUUCUUGCCUUCCUUACUGGUGGGCUGGACUUCAUAUUGAUAAUCUGCUCUUAUAUUCUCAUUUUUCAUGCUGUAUUUCAUCUCCCAUCAAAGAAGGCUAAACUCAAGACCUUGAGCACAUGUGGCUCCCAUGUUUGGGUCAUGUUAGUGUUGUACAUACCCGCCUUUUUCUCCUUUAUCACCCACAGAUUUGGUCAUAACAUAGCUCCACACAUCCACAUCUUUAUAGCUAAUGUUUAUCUUCUUAUCCCUCCUAUGAUGAAUCCUAUCAUCUAUGGUGUCAAAACCAAAAAUAUCUGGGAGAGGUUUCUUAAAGUCUUCACAAAUACAUAUGUCUGA